GGCUUGACAGACGCAACCCAACUACAUAAUAAGACAGACUUGGGGAUAGUAUCGAUACGUACCCCAAGGUCUCCGUUCUCAAAUCAAGAAAGGCUAAAGACAGCCGCCGGGCCUCGGGAGUUUGCGGAGCUCUCCACUGUCUCACUGCGGCAUUGAGAAUUGCUCUAGAGAAUACGAGGACUAAUUCAAACAUAACUUGAAGGCUACUCGAUCUGUCCUACCGCUCAACAUAAGGCGAGAGAGACAUGCAGUGGGAGAAACAUGGCUUUGCAACGAAAAUUCAAGCAGCUCGCGCAGAGAACUCCUCUGAAGCUGCUUCCCUUAAUGGAAACAAGGCUCUGACACCAAUAAUUGCUGGCAGCGUAUGUGGAGGUGUGCUGGCCAUUGCAUGGAUUGUCGGCCUCAUUUGGUUUCUACUUAAACGCCGGAAAUCGAAAAAUCGGAAUCCUCCCAAAGAGACCAAUGAGAUGGAGCCAUACAUUAUACCCCCGGAUCCAGCCAUCUUGCAAGGAGACAAGGAACUCAACCAGCACAGCGUACGCAUAUCCGUCUAGCAACAAUAACAUGGUCGUCGAUAUCAGGUCUUGAAUCAUACACGCGGCACACCAUGACAUAUCUAAUAUGUGCAAAUGUCAGAAUUAUAAAACGACCGAACUACACUAUAUACAGGCAAUGUGGACAUCGCGGACCCGACGUACGCUGGACCAUUAGUUUGAAUGGAAAGCAGAAGUUCCGUUCUGCAACCCAGACCCGUUAAGCUGUGACGUGCGACAUACACACCCAGAUCAGGCUGUGCUCAUCAUCCUCUGGUUGUUAUAAGCAUCUGGGUCGGUCAGAGAACUACUGACAGCGCGCCAGUUCACGCUGGGAAUGUACUUUUGAUAAAUUUUGUAGCAAUGCCACUAUUGAACCAUGCAA